AAAGACGAAUCAGUAAAUGCGGAAGUUCCAGUAAAGUGAGUUUGGCAGGCAACAGAGAAACAAAGCAACGAGUUGCCGAGCUCUGCGACUGGAAACUUUCUUUUCCUGUGAACUGGAAGAAAACCGACCGCUCUAUCAUGGCCACUGAAGUUUACUCCUCCACGACGGCUCCGAACCCCAAAUCCUCCUUGUGCAUGGUCCCAUCAGAGCAUCUGGAUAAAAUGCGCUUUCUGGUAAAACUAAUGGAAGUGCUCUUUUCCUUCGUGGCCUUCAUCCUGGAGGAGGUGGUCAACAGCUGUGUCAGCUGCACCGCCCUCUACUUCUUCGAGUUUGUCAGCUGCACGGCCUUCCUCUUCACCCUGCUGCUCCUCAUCCUCCUCUCCACCAACCUGCACACCAGGGUCAGCAUCACCUGCUGGCCCAGUCUGGACUUCGGGUACACCGCCAGCAUCGCCCUGCUGUUCUUCGUCUCCUCCGUCAUUUUUGCUUCAGACAACACCGGCACCACUCUGGAGAGAAGUGCUGUGGCGUUUGGUUUCAUGGCGAUGUCGGCUUUUAUCGUGGACCUGGUCUUGUUUUUUAAGACCCGCGGGUUUCCUUGGCAGAAAGACGGGAGGCUGGAGUCCAGUAACGGCGGCCCCAUGACGGUGGAGGCUCAACCGGAGACGGAGAAACUCGCGCCGACGCCGAGCAGCGUAACAGAAUAAGUCUGUUUUUAUUUCCGCACGUGGGCACGCGUAUGCUGCGUUCAGAGGUCAGAGAUUAUGUUAAGCACUAUUCCUUUAACCUGACGACGGGAGGCGGAGCGGCAGCGACAGGUGGCUGACCCCGUGUCCAUUUUUAAAGUCAUUUUUAAUCCUGUUUUUCGUCGUCGUUCACCACAGCUGAGGACACUUUGUGCUGCAGUUAUCAAUUUGAUCCGUCUUCCACUCAUUAACCAAUCACUGUGCAGAGGGUCCAUCAGCGUGUGACGUUUUAAUUCCAGCAGGUGUGUUCUGUCUAAUGUAAAAGCACUGAGACAGAAACACCAUCCAGAUGAGUUUCCCUGUUUUUUUUUAAAGACUUCAAACGACAUUUUCUUUUAAAGGAAGAACAGAGACACUAAAACCAUCAAACCACUAAACAUUUCUGCUGUAAGGUUUAUUUUUUAGGAUUCUAAACAUUUCAGUGAACUAGAGCUGGACGAUAUAUUGAUGAGUCUUUUAUUCUGUCUUUGUGUUUUCUUUUCUUUCUUUUUUUUUCAUAUCAUUAAAUUUAUUAACAGAUUUUGUAUAAAUUGACUUCAAAAAUCAAAUACUGUGUCAUAAAACUCCCGUAAUGAUUGACUGAAAAUCUAAA